CAGAAAAAACACAAACACACACACAGAAUCACUCGCAUCCACUCACUAUGGAAGAAUCAGAAGUACUAAUCAUUGGUGCUGGACCCGUUGGUCUCUACACCGCUCUCCUCCUAUCUCGCAUGGGUAUAUCUGUUCGUAUAAUCGACAAAGCAGACAACCUCAAUACAACAAAUCCUGCCAUUCUCUGGUCUCCACGAUCAGUUCAGCUAUUCCAGUCACUUGGUAUAGCCAACCAGAUCAUAAAUCAAGGCGUAAAACAUUGGCGCUUUUAUGCCUUUAAAAACAAAGGACACGGUAGCACAGCCGUUUCAUUUGAGCCUUACAAUUAUCGCGUCUGGGAUAACUCGUCAACCGAAUACGACUGGUGUCUCUCGUGUGAAUGCUCUCAGAUAUGUGCAAUCCUCCAAAACACACUUCUUGAUCAAGGUAUCCGAGUGGAAUACGGCCAUGAACUUGUAGAUUUUGAAGACGAGAACUCCGACAAUACUACCACAAGUGCUUCUCCGCUCAAUAGCUCAUUUAUCGAUCCUUCAAGACAAUCCUUUGGGUUUGCCAAUGAGUCUAGACAGUCAUUUGGAAGUUCUAGGGAGGAAGAGGUGGUAAAAGUCAUGUCGACAAUUAGAGACGUUCAGACCGGAAAGGUCCACGACUGGAGAUCGCGUAUAAUCAUAGGUGCAGAUGGUACAAAGGGAUUUGUCAGACAGAAACUAGGCCUCGCUCAACGGGGAAAGGACCUGCACAUGAAAUUUUACACACUUGAGGCAUCUGUAACAACAAACUACCCUGGGACACGAACAAUGUCUACCGUAAACAAGGGCGAAUACAUGAUCAUGGUUGUAGGCCACCGUGAUAGAAUGUAUUUUAUAGUUGAGCAUCUUGAGAGUUGGAGUCACCUGCCCAUAGACGAAAACGCAUUACUUACCUCGGCACAACAACACAUUCGAUCCAUCAUGGAGCCAUAUCAGAUAGAUUUUGGACAUGUAUAUUCUUAUUCUUCAUGGAGAGCUGGUGACAAGGCAUCUGAAGAAGUCAGCAUUGAUCAACGUUACUUUUUGCUCGGAGGCGCUGCCCAACAAGUCAGUCCACCCUGUUUGUUCUCUGCAAACCCUGGGUUGGAACAUGCCACCAAUUUAUCGUGGAAACUAUUCUUACAUCUCCGAAAACGCGCUUCUCCAGAACUAUUGGAAACAUUUAAUUCUGAAUUCAAGUCAAAACACAACGAUACCGUCGAAGCAAGCUAUGCCUCCAUGAGUCUGAUUGCCAGCCGCAUAAUGCCAGGUCUCAUUUCGGGUCUCAAUUCGACACGUAGACAGGAAGCGUCGUACCAAAUGCAGCGCAACGAGAAUCAAUUAAUGGGAGAGUCGUCUUAUGAACAUAACCUAAUUAAUCAUGGUUCUGAAAGUACGCUGUCACUAGGGGCAGCCUCGAUAGACACCAUGGACAUCAUGGACAUUAUGCUCGCAAUGGCUACCUCAAAAAUGGGCUCAAAUGAACCCAAGACUGGCGCGGUUGGCUCACUCGCUCCAGAUGCAAAACUAAAACCAUACACUCUGCUUCAGCUUUUCUCACAGACUCAGACCCAAACCUCAGAAGCUACAAAGAUGAUGGAAAGCACCAAAAAUUCAGCAACUGGCUUAAUCGCAUCCGCAUCAACAUCUGCAGGAACAGGAGUUGCUGACGUCUCAGUUGCUGCUGGAGCGCAACCGAGACGUUCCAGAUCACAGUCUAACGCUUCAACAGCUACUACUUGGUCAUUUAAUCGUGUUGGUCCCAUGCUAAAAAAAGCUAUGGGUACCCACUCGCUCGUCAAAUGUUCAUCCCGACCAUCAGAUGAAAAUGAUGUCCUGACAGCCUGUCCAAUGACAACAAGCAGUGGAGUAGAAAGAUGGAAGAGUAUCAAAACCAACAAUUAUCAGUUACGAGAGCGGAUAGUUACCAAAGGAAUACCUGUAACUUUCACUGUCCUUGUCUUCUGUGGCUCGCUUGCGGACCAAGAAAAUGUCUCGAUGCUACGUUCCUUGAAACGCCGUAUCGAUGAUCCCAAUUCGUUCUUUAACUGUUACGAAAACUCGCCUCACGUAUACCAAACUCUAGUCGAAGAAAAUACAACUGUGCAACCCGUAAGCCCUCAGUCGCCGCCUUCUGUAUCCGACGUAGAAUCUGGACAUUCUAAUGAGAACAGCCGGUCAUCGUUUUCUUCUAUAUCAUCUCAACGAUCAUCAACAUCUUCUCGUUCCGCAAGAUCACUUUCCAAAAUCACCAGUAUUGUCACAAACUCAUUGCCGCCAGCAACAAUACCACCAACCAGCCCAACCUCGUCUCUUCUCUCGCCCGUCUCUUCUUUACAGAUCGGUCCCUGGUCUACUUCUUUUGAACAACCUCGGACAUCACUAACUUCAACUAUCAACAACGAUAGCUCAGCAGACAAACCCCACCAGCUUUUCAAUUUCAUUUACAUAACAACCUCCACAAAAAACCAAGUCUCAAAAUUCCUUACCGAAACACCACCUUCUGUGCUGCACAACACAUUUCCCUGUGGUCUUUCAAAUGUUUAUCUUGACCAUGAUCAACAGUGUCACACUGCUUAUUCUAUUCCAAAGCCGACAAUUGUCGUUGUUCGACCGGAUGGUUACAUUGGCACUCGAGUAAAAAUUAAUGAACACAAUGACAUUAAUAAACUCAACAAUUACUUUGAUGCAUUCCUGAGACCUCCUGCCGACAUGACUUCAGCUGCUGCAGUUGUUGCCGAAGAUUAUUACUAACACCUUAUUUUUCUUUUCUUUCUUCUGUUAUUUAUUCUUAUUCUUAUUAGUAUUUUGAUUUCUGCUUUCAAAGUAAACGUUCCUUUGUUCAUUAUUUAAUUACCUUCUCUUGUCCAUUCCUUGAUUUUCAUAUGUAUGUAUCUAUAUUUCCCUUCCUUCACAGCUCCAAAGCCAUUGCCAUUACUGUAUUUUUCUGUCAUUAUGUAUAAAUUCAAAAAGCUAAAAAUAAGAAAAAAAAAUCCAUGAUCAAAUGUAUAUUAUCCUUCCUCCAUUCUUUUAUUAUUAUUAAUAAAAAAAAAGACAAUUCUUUAUCAAUAUU